AGUGGCAGCCUUGUGUGGAGGAAAAACCGCCCCACUGGGGAUUGGAAGUUCUUCGCCAGCAUCCAGCAGCAGUUGUUCGUAUAUGGACCAGAGUGUAUUGAUUUCUCUCUGCACACAUUUCGAGUUCGAUAUCGCGGAAUAAGUAGGACAUUUCUCUUGUGCGGUGGAGACAAGAAAAAAAUUGGUGUAUAGCCGUCCGUUGGCAAUUUUGGUGUCCGGAUAGUGGUGCUGAGGUGAUAUCAAUCACAGAUAUAUUUCACAUAGUUGAGAAAAUUGUUAGGUGAUGAGAGAAUGUGACGAAAAAUGCCUUUGAGUGGGAUUUUCGUUAAAAUAUGGCCACCACGGCUAGGCAUCAGUGAGCGCCUUCCAUUGGCGGCCCAGAUCCGGUGGUGUCUGGUGUUUCUCUAGUCACACGCGCCCCCGCGGUGGUCGGAUUUUUGGUUUUUUGAUUUUGUCGCAAACAUCGCUGUGAGACCUCAGCAUUUGCCUAUAUAAUUGUAGAGAAAAUGCAACCUCGACAAGCUCUUGGGCCGACAUCGUCAUCUUCAUCAACGGGAAAGCAAGUGGUGGAGCUCAAUGGGUAUGUCAUCAUUCUGGUGGAGGGUCGAGAUGGAAAAAUCAAAUUGUAUGGGUCACCCGCCGACAAGGACAAUCUCGAGGUGGCCGAUGAGAUUUUGGAUAUCAACGAGAGGAAGCUGGAAGAUCUCCCACGAUCGGAGGUCAUCCGGCACAUUCAUGAGUGCAUCCAGUCUUGCAUGAUAAAGUUACGAGUUAAGAGAAGGAGUGAUUCUCGACUGGCCGGUGAACUUGGCAAUGCCGUUCAAGAUGCCUUCGUCAUUGCUGUGGAACAACAGGCCAGGGAGCGUCUGCAGCGAUUGUCAGCCCUCAAGAGGAUCACUCCUGUUGACAUGUCACAACUAUCAAUCAAGCUAAAUCAACAGACAAAGGGAGCCGCAGCGCACGAUUUGAGUUUCUUGAAGGAAGCAUCUCCCAUUUAUGUGACUUCAUUUACUGGCAAUCACGUGACUGGUACCACAACAACGACAGUGACUACCGUUGCCAAUUGCAUAACUGGGACCAACAACAUAUUGCCAAAUCAACCGCCACCAUUGAACAAUAAUCAACCAUCGAUUGGUGGAAAAGCGGCUAGCGGAGGUGGUGGCAUUUCCAUUGAAACCACUGCGCAAAUAAAUCACCAUCCAGUGAAUCACACGAGCAGUCAGAUUGGUGUUCAGCCACCAUCAGCAUUGACAAGUAAUGUGCAGCAGCAACAAGUGACGACUUCUUCAACGAACAAUCAACAAUUCAUAAAUAAUAAUCCUAAUAUAACACUUAAUAACAAUAAUAGCAAUAAUUGUGGUGCUGGAAACACAACCUUUAGUAGUUUUUAUGGAAGUAGUACUAGUGAAAUUCUAGCCAACGGCCACGGACCAAGGCGUGAGUUAGCGACACUUUCGGAGGGAGAUUCUGAGCCACUAAACGAGUUCCUCGAGGCCAAUAGCAUAUCAAAGGGUGAUUUACCAUUCGUUGGUGGUACUGAAGUUCUUCUCGGUGAUCAGAGUCUUCGUCUCGAUAGUCGGUAAGUUCCAAAAAAAAAAACCUAUAUUAAUUUUCUUAUAAGACUCCUCUCUAAUACCAAACCCAAAUACCAUCUGGGAAAA